AUGAUGGAGACUUCUGAUGAAGAAAACUUUGGUGUGGCCGUCUCGUCCCCUUCUGACGCAGAGUUUGACGCGGUGGUUGGGUAUCUGGAGGACAUCAUAAUGGAUGAUGAUUUCCAGUUAAUACAGAGGACUUUUAUGGAGAAGAACUACCAGGAGUUUGAUGACUCAGAAGAAAACAAGCUCAUCUAUACUUCUAUUUUUAAUGAAUAUAUCUCUUUAGUAGAGAAAUACAUCGAGGAAAAGUUGCUUGAUCGGAUUCCUGGUUUUAACAUGACUGCUUUCACGAUGUCGUUACAGCAGCACAAAGAUGAAAUGGCAGGUGAUAUAUUUGAUAUGCUCCUCACGUUUACUGACUUUCUGGCUUUCAAAGAAAUGUUCUUGGAUUACAGAGCUAAAAAAGAAGGUCGAAGUCUGGACUUAAGCAGUGGGUUAGUGGUGACUUCAUUAAACAAAUCAUCAAUAUCCUCCUCCUAG